CUUUAUAAAAACAUAUAUUGUCUCUAUAAGUUACACGUCCCAUGGUUAGUACACGUCAUUAGUUAAAGCAAUUGAUAGAAUUUUUCAAAGUUUUGUUGGGAAUUGUUGAAUUGUUAAUCAAAAUUUCUUUAAUAAGAGCAAUAUGGAAUCAUUGUACCAUCAAACCAAUAAAUUAAUACAAGAAACACAGCAUAUUUUCUCGCAGCUUGAAAGAAAUUUAGCUGAUACAAAUGUGCAGGAAGUGAAGCAGACUAUUGAGGACAAGAUCAAUCUUAUCAACAGCAAUUGCGAGCGACUCGACGUGCUAUGCUUCAAGGGUCCAGUAUCGCAGAGGCAAAACAAUAAAAUGAGGGUUGACCAGUUGAAGUAUGAUAGUCGUCAUCUCACUGCUGCUUUAAACUCGUGGUGCAAUCGCGUGAUGCGACAACAGAGGGAAGAAGCCGAAAGGGAAGCCUUACUGGCCAGAAAGUUCACCACUAAUGACCAUGUGGAUAUUUUCAUUGAUCAUACUGCACAACAUAAUAGCAGUUUGCACAAUGCUGUUCAUGGUAUAGAUGAUCUGUUGCACCAGGGUAGCAACGUCCUGGAUAACUUGAAAUCUCAAAGAAUGACAUUGAAGGGAGCUCAUAAACGUCUGAUAGAUAUCGGCAAUACUUUAGGCCUUUCCAAUACUACCAUGAGGCUCAUUGAACAACGAGCCAAACAGGAUGGGUUUAUUUUAGUUGCUGGUAUGACCUUUACUUGCAUAGUCAUCCUUUUAGUGAUAGUUUAUCUCACAUAGACAUUCCAAAUAUUAAACGAAUUAUAUAUUGUGAUACAUUUGUUCAUUUUUCUACCAUAUUCUACCAUCUAUUAUUGCUAAGAAAAAAUUAUAGAUUGCUUAUUUUGAAACA